AUGGAAGACGUUAAUCAGUUGGAUACUUCUAAUACAACUGUUUUUAACGAUAUAGAUUCAAUCACACAGACAUUCAAUGGUAAGAAAGCUUUAUAUAACGAAACAUUUACUGAACAAAGAUCAUUACGUAGAAAUAUUACAAACUAUAGCUGUGACAUCUGUAAGAAAGCAUUCCCUUCUGACUAUGAAUUAUUUACACAUAGUAACGUACACAAGCCAGAAAAACCUUACUGUGAAAUAUGUGGGAGAUCCUUCGUCUCUGAGAGUCAAUUAGCAAGACACAAACGUAGUCACAGCGGAGGAAAACGGUAUCACUGCAAAAUAUGUGGUAAAUCUUUCAUAAGUAAUUCUCACCUUGUAAUUCACGUACGUAGUCACACUGGAGAAAAACCAUAUCACUGUGAAAUGUGUGGGAAAUCUUUUAUCACAAAUGGUCACUUAACAACGCAUAAAAUUAUACAUACUGGAGAGAAACCCUUUCGCUGCGAUGUCUGUGGAAAAUCUUUUGUGCACAAUAGUUAUUUAGUAAGUCACAAAAGGAUACAUACUGGAGAAAAACCGCGCCACUGUGAAAUAUGUGGGGAAUCUUUCAUUCAGUACUCGAGUCUUGUUGUCCAUAUACGUAGUCAUACCGGAGAGAAACCUUAUCAUUGUGGAACAUGUGACAAGUCUUUCGUCUCUAAAAGUAAUUUAGUAAGACACGAAAAAAUACAUACGGGAGAAAAACCGUUUCACUGUGAAGUAUGUGGAAAGUCUUUUGUCACCAAUGGUGAUUUAACGAAACACAAAAGAAUUCACACUGGAGAAAAUCCGUUUCACUGUGAUACGUGUGGCGAAUGUUUUAUGGACAGUAGUGCCACAUUAAAAGCACUGGUGCUGGUGCCAUGUAAAACCACUGGAAAUGGUGCCACAUAA